CUAACACUAGGCCUGUGUCGUUCGUUAUCUUCCCCCGGUCAUUUCAUCAUGGAAGUGAAGGGGUAGUUAGUAAAUAAAAAUUUUUAUUUAAGCUUCAUCAAUGACCUUUGUUCAACGUUGUUUUUGGACAAGAAACACAGAUUUACCUAUUCUGUCCAUUAUAUCAAGACUUGACGCCGGAAGCGAGUCCACAAUAUUACACGCAGGUGUGAAGAAAAAAAAAAGUAAGAAAGAAUAACAACCCAAGAAAGGGAGAAGAAAAAAAAGGAAAAAGAGAAGGCAUAUUACCUACCUACAUAGGUAACUCUAGUCUAGGUAUUAGAAGCCAAGCGAAGAGCCUUAACAAGCGUCUGAAGUGGUCUUUCAUGUUUAUAUCCAUAUAGUUACUUGCUUAUAUUCCUGCCUAUCAUCAUCGAUAUUUAUAUUUAUAUUUAAUUAGGGCAACAAAUACAAAGGGUCAUUCCUUUCCAUGACCCUCACGCCGAAACAUGCAGAUGACAGCUGCCUCAUAAAUCAAACUGUCCCGACGGGGAUCUUCGUACCUCUGUCGGAGCACAUUGACGAAAAGAGUCACCUCCACAAAACUAAAUCCAAACCCAGUCCAACCCCCCACCCCAGUCCGGCCGAUGAAGACCGUGACACCGCUGCAAGCGAGGUAGGCCGCUCCCGCUCCAUUGAAAAUGCUGCCGCCGCCGAGCCCCCCUCGUCGCCCGACAGCAGCGACAGCGACGUCGGGGAGGACGACGCCGACUUCCCGGAGGGCGGGCUAGCGGCCUGGCUCGUCGUGCUCGGCUCCUUCUGCGCCAUGGUCUCGGUGUACGGGCUCAUCAACUCGGCCGCCGUCUUCGAGUCCUACUUCUCCACCCACCAGCUCGCCGACUACGACUCCUCCACCAUCGGCUGGAUCUUCAGCGUCUACCUGUUCACCGUCUUCUUCGCCGGCAUCCAGGUCGGCCCGCUCUUCGAUCGCGGCGGCCCCAGGUGGCCCGUUGCCGUCGGCAGCCUGCUCGUCGUCGCGAGCCAGCUGCUCCUCGGGUUAUGUACAGAAUACUACCAAAUCCUCCUAACCUACUCCGUGCUCGGCGGCCUCGGCGGCGCCCUGCUCAACGUGCCCGCAUACGGCGUGAUCGCGCACUUCUUCAAGCGGCGGCGCGGCCUCGCCACGGGCCUCGCCUCGACCGCCGGCUCCAUCGGCGGGAUCCUGUUCCCCAUCUUCCUGCAGGCGGUGCUGCCGCGGCUCGGGUUCGCGUGGAGCACGCGCAUCAUCGGCUUCAUGCUGCUGUUCCUCUCGGCCAUCGCCAACUUGCUGAUCCGCUCGCGCCUGCCGCCGAGCCGGCACCCGCACUCCGUCAUGCCGGACUGGUCGCUGUUCCGGGACCUGCGCUUCAGCUUCUGCUGCGCGGGGCUGUGGUUCAUGGAGUGGGGCAUCUUCACGCCGCUGACCUACAUCGUCUCGUACGCCGCCGCGCACGGCCAGGACGCCACCGACGCCUACACCCUCUUAGCUUUACUCAACGCGGGAUCCUUCGUCGGCCGCUUCCUCCCGGGAUUCCUCGCCGACCGCUUCGGCCGCUUCAACAUCAUCACGCUGACGAACGCGCUCUGCGUCGUCACCAUCCUCGCCUUCUGGCUGCCCGCCGCCGACUCCCGGCCCAUGCUGAUCGUCUUCGCCGUCACCUUCGGCUUCGCCUCCGGCAGCAACCUCGGCCUGUACCCCGUCUGCAUCGGCCAGCUGUGCGAGGCCCGCGAGUACGGCCGCUUCUACUCCACCGCCAUGAUGACCGGCAGCUUCGGCACCCUCACCAGCCUGCCCAUCGCCGGCGCGCUCCUCAGCAUCGGCAAGACCGAGGAGCAGGGCUGGAUGGCGCUGAUCCUCUUCGCGGCGCUCUCGUACACCAUCGCCAUGUCUUGCUUCCUGGGAGCGCGGGUGUUGGCGGUGAGUUGGAGGAUGAAGGAAAUAUACUGAAAGGAAGAAAAGGGGGGAGGGCGGUUUACUUUGAUCAUCGGUAUUGUUCGGGAGGAAAUCAAAACAACAAAGAACUGUGGAAGGCGAGCAAGGAACAACAGGGGGGAAAAACGAUACACACGGAUUAUAUUCCAUGUCCAUAUUCAGGUAAGCCUCGUAUACAUCCUGUUGCGUCUGAAGCACAGGGGCAUAUUUGGCUACAUACAUAUACAUAGGGAGGUAAACGACCAACCACCCGAC